CUGUUCAUAUGAUUGUGUGAAGCAUUUGAUUGCAAUUUAAGUGCAAUUCAAUACACCAUUCAAUCCAUUAUUAGUACUAUUUGUGUUCACAUAUUGUCUUCAAUCGGAUCCAAGUGUUGCAGAAAUGGAUGAAAACCAAAGCGAAGAGUGGACUUACAGUCGAUUUUAUCCACUGCAUGCGGCCACUCAGUUGGGAGAUGUCGGCACCGUUGAGGCCCUGAUCCUGAAGCACAAGUUGUCGGCCAAUGAGACGGACUACGACUAUCUGACACCCCUUCACAUCGCGUCCUUUGCCGGACACCUGUCGUGCGCGCGACUACUCAUCCAAUUCGGCGCUCACAUCAACGCCCGCAGUAUCGAUGGCGGGACCCCUCUGUGCGGCGCCUCCGCCUCCGGGAACUUCGAGUGCGUCCAACUGCUCAUCACGAAUGGCGCUCAAGUCAAUCCCGUCCACUCCCUGUCCACACCAUUGCACGAGGCAGCCUUCGCAGGUACUUAUAUCAUCACCACUGCUCUCUCUCUCUCUCUCACUCUCACUCACUCUCUCUCUCCCUCUCCC